GCCCUCACGCGGUCGCCCCAGAACCUAGCGCAAGAUCGCAUGCACCAGUUAAUCUGAUCAGACGCCCGGGACAGUCGUGCUUACUGAGCACCAGACCGAUCCGGCGCCUCCCGCUGGUCAUGGCCGCGCGCAUGCACCGUCGGAAAAACCUCCCAGCCGCACCGACGACGAGCACCAAGAACCACUCGGUCCAUGGAGCGAGCAACCCUACGGACACAUAAAUAUCCGAGCGCUCCAUCGAUCCAGCACACCACAAACCAAGAGCUCAGCCCGGCAGAAACCACAGAGGUUCUCGAUCCAGCUCCAAGCUCAAAGAAAUGGCCGCUUCGACCGUGCUGGCGCUCGCCCUGGCCGUCCUCCUCCUCCCGGCCGCCGCGUCGGCCGGGCGCGCCCAGCUGCCGGGCGCUGGCCCGCCGGGCCCGCCGGGUCCGUCUGGCCCGCCGGGCGCGAGCCCGCUCGUGACCGCGUGCACGGAGGUGCCCUUCCCGGCGCACUGCGUCAAGGAGCUGGGCCCGCGCCUCCUCGACAUCCAGACCGCGCUGGCGUCGGUCUCGCCGCGGGCCGCGCUCAUCGCCGGCGCGCCGGGGACGGUGGACUUCUCGGCUCUCGUGGCCGUGGCCAUGGAGGCGGCCACGGAGGCCGGCGCGGUGGCGACCACCAUUUUCGAGGGCAAGCUCCCCGGGUUCAACAACUCCGUGCCGGACUUCAAGGUCUGCCUCAGCAACUGCAGCGUCACCAUGAAGGCCGCCAUGAAGAAGCUCCACGGCGCCACCGCCGCCUUGAAGGUCCACGCGCACGUGGUCGCCAAGGCGCUCGCCGACCGGGCCAUCGUCGACGUCUCGGCCUGCACGCUCAGCUGCAGGAACCUGACCGGCGACGUGAGGCUCAUCCUCGAGGCCAGCCUCGUCGAGUUCCAGAAGAUGAUCAAGAUCGCCGUCAGCUUCCUCACCAAGAUCGCGGCCAAGACCCCGCCCGGCCCUGGCGCUCCCCUCCUCCCUCCCCCGAUGCGCCGCCCAUAGAUCGCCGGCCGGCAUGCCACGACCGAUUCUGCUCAAUAACCAGGGAUAAGGCUCAAUAACGUGGAAUUCCAAAGAUAGCUUCAUGUUGAUCCUCAGUUUAGUUUUUCAUAGUUUCUUUUGUGUUUUGUUUAGUUUUUCAUGAUCUAGUUUCAUGUUUUGUUUCCUCCUUUUGGUACGGAUGCUCUUCAUUUUGAGUGUAGUCAAAUGUUGGCAAUAAAAUGGAAUCUCAUUAGUUGGUCCUAA